AUGAUCAACAAGAAAGGACUUUACAACUGGUAUGUUGCCAUGGUGGCGGCAGGAUGUAUGGUGCUUUCUGGCUAUGACGGGUCUGUUUUCAAUUCAGUCCAGAACUCCCCUCAUUGGAUGAAAUAUUUCGAUACCCCGACAGGGAAUCUUCUUGGAUUGAUCAAUACUACCUACACGAUUGGCGCAAUUAUUUCCGGAUGGUUCCUCGGUGGUCCUACAGCUGAUUUCCUGGGGAGAAGAUGGGGAAUGGGUCUUGGCUGCUUUAUCACUAUAAUUGCUGCAUUCAUCCAGACCUUUGCCCCAGAGCACAAAGUCGGCAUAUUCAUUUUGGGCCGGGUGAUUAUUGGCAUCGGCCAAGGAAUGGCGUUAACGGCUGGCCCUAUCUACAUCGGAGAGAUAACCCCUGCUCACAUCCGCGGCAAGGUCAUGUCUUUUUGGCAGCUUUUUUGGUCCGUUGGGUCAUUUUUGGCCUACUGGAUCAAUUAUGGCACCGCCAAACGAAGUGCCACGCUGCGAAACUGGGACUGGAAAAUUGUGGUCCUCUUGCAGAUCAUCGUUCCCUUCUUGAUCAUUUGCCAACUACCCUUCAUGCCUGAAUCUCCACGCUGGUAUAUUCAGAAGGGCAAUAGGAUUGAAGAUGCCCGCCGGUCGUUAAGCAGAGUACGUGAUAAUGAGGAAGAUAUCGAAAACGAACUUCACUCAAUUCGAGAUGCGAUUACGUUUGAGAAGGAGGCCAUCUCAGUAUCAUAUCUAGCUCUCUGGAAGGACAAAUCCAUCCGCAAACGACUUUUCCUUGCCUUCGUGGUCAAUAUCGGUCAGCAACUCAGCGGCCAGGGAACGCUAAAUACAUACUCCUCAACCAUUUACAAGAAGAUUUGGGUAAAUGCUAACACCAUUAACUUGAUUAACGCGCUUAACUCGACAUGCGGCAUUCUAUUUACGCUUAAUGCCGUCUGGACUAUCGACCGCUUUGGCAGGAGAUUCCUUUUUAUGGUUGGUGCGAUUGGAAUGGCCACGUGCAUGCUCCUCGUUGCGACUAUUGGGUUAACUACCCCGACCCUUGCAUCUGGUGGCAAGUCAGAGCCUGUCGGGGUGGCCCUGGUAUUUCUGCUUUUCCUUUUCAUAUUUUUCUAUAAACCCUCAUGGGGGGCAACUACUUGGAUUUGGACUUCCGAAAUCUUCUCGAUGAAUGUGCGUGCCCAAGCGAUGGGUAUGUGCUCACAGAUGCAGAAUGUCGCCAACCUUGUGUUCCAACAAUUCUUUCCAACAUUUUACAAAAAUUGUGGUUUAAAAUCCUUUUUCUUCUUUGUAGCAUGCAACGUCUGCUUGUUCAUAUUUGUUUGGUUCCUCAUCCCCGAAACCAAACAAGUGACAUUGGAGGAGAUGGAUGUGCUUUUUGGGGGUGUCAAUCACGUUGAGAUCGGGGAGGCAAUGACGAAGCAAGAGACCCAACACGACGAGAUUGUGGUGCAUUCUAAGAGCACUAAAUAA